UCUGCUGGCUGUUUACGUUUUUGUCGGGUGGUUACAUAACAGCUCAUGCUGCCACAACCACAAGUUUAGUAGUUUAACUCGUUCAUCACUAUCAUUCCUUUCGACUCUAAGGAUUUUCGCUAUAAGGGUUUCAUCCUUUCUUAUCUUUACGUAAUUUAAAAUCCGUUGUAACAAUGGAACAUUUCAAAAAUACAUCAGCAGUUGCUUUAGUCGAACGACCAUCGUCGGCCGAUUUAGGUGUUCAGUUAGUUGAUUCAGAGAGGUCUGGUAGGAAAACACAAAGUGAUUUAGUAGAAUUGGCCACUCAAAUUCAAACAGCUGAUGCAUUUACACGCUCAAAUGUCUGUAACAAACUUCAAGUUAUUGCUGAUCAAGUAAGAUUUCUCCAUGAACAAGCCAGAAGGAUCCUUGAAGAAACAAAGGAAGCUGAAAACUUGCACCAUUUUGCCUGUAAUUUCAAAAAGGUUCCUGGUAAAGUUUACUAUCUAUAUCAAAGAACUUCAGGCCAGAAAUAUUUUGCAAUGCUUUCUCCAGAGGAAUGGGGUGCAAAUUGCCCUCACACAUUUUUAGGAGGUUACAGACUAGAGGCUGAUAUGUCAUGGACACCUACUUCUAAAGUAGAGAAAAAAGAUAAUGAAUUACGGUUGAUUAAUCAAAUAUUGGAUGGCAACAAGAGUGUGUCGGCUGCGAUCGAUAUGGAUCGAAAAAUCCCUCAAGGCCAAAUAACUUUCAAUUAAAUCUCUAAAACUGAAUUCAUACUUUUAUCCACUGUUAUUACACUGACUUCAAUUUGGUAUGCUGAAUUUCCAUUGCAUACCAUUAACUUUUUUGAAGUAAUUGAAGUUAAUACAAGAUAUUAUCACAAGA